AGUAGUGGGUGCUGAGCGCUUCAGACUUAGAGCGGGACGGGGCUGUCUGGGGACAUUACCGGGAUCUGUACUCAGCGCUUUACAUAGGACGGAGGGCAUGAAGUCACCUCAAGUGAAGAGCUCCAGGAGAGCAGCCUUUAUCGAAGAUGAUGACCUCAAUGAAGUGUUGUGUGAAUUUGAUGCCGUCUUAGAAGAUUUUUCCUCACCUUUCAACAAAAGGCGCUUCCGAUAUGAUGAACAUCUGCAGACCAUGAAGAGGAGGAGUAGCACCAGCAUCAGUGACAGUGGAAUCAGCGACUCAGAAAGUGCAGAUUCACUCUGUAGAAACAGUUUUAGUUUCAGUGAUGAAAAGCUGAACUCUCCAACGCUGUCCUCUCCACCCUUGUCCUCCCCAGCAGAGACUCCUCGGAAAGCUAAACUCGGGGAUACAAAAGAACUGGAAGAUUUCAUUGCAGAUCUUGACAGAACGCUUGCAAGCAUGUGAAGCACUGUGUGGCCGGUCAUACGGUCUGCCUUGACACAGAAGGCUGUAUACCCUCAUGAAGUAGUGUUGCAGAUUUUUCCAGCUGAAGACCAUAUCUACAGAGUAUACUGCUAUGUGGCUCCAGCAUAUGAACCUGCUGCACGGUUGUAAAAAACUGAAGUGUGUUUUUAAUACUUUAAGAUACAGUUGACUGUAUUUUUACAUACAUAUUGCUUGUAAUUUAAAAUGCUUUUAUGGAGAUAAUUUGUAAUGUUAUAGUUGAGAGAAAUAUAAUGAAGCUCCUUUUCCUCAUAUAAUAUAUAUUUUUGUAUUCAA